UGGACGAAGCGCGAGGACGAGAAGCUGCGCCAGACCAUCGAGGCGUCGGGCCCCGACGAGGGGGCCCGGGACUGGGCGAAGAUCGCCGCCGCGGCCUUCGAGGGCGGCCGGUCGCCGGGCCAGUGCGAGGACCGCUGGGAGAAGGUCCUCAAGCUCGGCCUCGUCAAGGGGCCCUGGACGCCCCACGAGGACGAGGUCGUGCGCCGCGCCGUCGGCGCGGGCGUCGACGCGGCCUUCAACUGGUCCGAGGUCGCCAAGCUCCUCCCGGGCCGGCUCACGAAGCAGGUCCGCGAGCGGUGGCAGAACCACCUCGACCCGCAGCUCGUCAAGACGCCCUGGACGCCCAACGAGGACUACCUCCUCGUCUCGCUCCAGGCCGUCCUCGGCAACCGCUGGAACGAGAUCUCCCGCGCCUUCCAGGGCCGCUCCGAGAACGCGAUCAAGAACCGGUGGAACUCGAAGCAGCGGCGCCGC